AGACACUUAGAGGGACCUGGCUCUCCUCUUAGUGGGCUCCACUGCUCGACUAAACUGCUCUCCCUCUCUCUGCUCCCCUUUUUCUCUGUAUUCUUCUUCUUUUAGAAGAAACUAAACCAGCCAUGUCGGUCAGGGGUAGUAGUAGUUUCAAGUCCUCCUACACUACUGUAGGUGGUGGUGGCGGUGGUGGUGGUGGAUUCAAAGGAGGAAGAAGGUCAUUCUCAUCACACUCUGCUGUUGUUAGUGGUGGUGGGGGCAGGGUUAGGGCAAGUUCUGCAUUUGGACUUGGUUCUGCUUAUGGCGGAGGUGGUGGUGGUGGUGGUUAUGGUGGUGGAGCUGGUUUUGGUGGUGGAGCUGGUUUUGGUAGUGGAGGUGGUUUUGGUGGUGGAGGUGGUGGUUUUGGUGGUGGAGGUGGUGGUUUUGGUAGUGGAGGUGGUUUUGGUCCUGGAGGUGGUGGUGGCUUCGUCCCACCAAUUACCAAUGUCCAAGUCAACCAGAGCCUGCUGGCCCCUCUUCAACUUGAAAUUGACCCCCAAAUCCAGACCGUUCGUACCCAAGAGAAGGAGCAGAUCAAGACUCUGAACAACCGCUUCGCCUCAUUCAUCGACAAGGUGCGUUUCUUGGAGCAGCAGAACAAAAUGCUGGAGACCAAGUGGAGCCUGCUGCAGGACCAGACCACCACCCGCUCCAACAUCGACGGCAUGUUCGAGGCCUACAUCGCCAACCUGCGCAGACAGCUGGACGGGCUCGGCAAUGAGAAGGUCAAGCUGGAGGGAGAGCUGAAGAACAUGCAGGGACUGGUGGAGGACUUCAAGAACAAAUAUGAAGAUGAAAUCAACAAACGCGCUACAGUGGAGAAUGAGUUUGUGCUCCUCAAAAAGGAUGUGGAUGCUGCCUACAUGAACAAAAUUGAGCUGGAGGCAAAGGCUGACUGCAUCCAGGAUGAGAUUAACUUCCUCAGAUCCCUCUAUGAGGCGGAACUGGCAGAGCUCCAGGGACAGAUCAAGGACACCUCGGUCAUUGUGAGCAUGGACAACAGCCGCAACCUUGACAUGGACGCCAUUGUGGCUGAAGUUAAGGCUCAGUAUGAGGAAAUUGCCAACCGCACCCGUGGUGAAGCCGAGGCAUGGUACCAGGCUAAGUACCAAGAGAUGCAGAGCAGUGCUGGCCAGGCCGGAGAUGAACUCCGCAACACCAAGAGUGAGAUCGCUGAGCUCAACCGUAUGAUCAGCCGCCUCCAGAAUGAGAUUGAGGCAGUCAAGGCCCAGCGUGCCAACCUGGAGGCCCAGAUCGCAGAGGCUGAGGAGCGCGGUGAGCUGGCCGUGAAGGACGCCAAGCUCCGCAUCAAGGACCUGGAGGACGCACUGCAGAGAGCCAAGCAGGACAUGGCCCGCCAGGUCCGCGAGUACCAGGAGCUCAUGAACGUCAAGCUGGCCCUGGACAUCGAGAUCGCCACCUACAGGAAGCUGCUGGAAGGAGAAGAAUCCAGAAUUGGUUCUGGUGGUGGAAAUGCAACCAUCCACAUACAGAGCUCCAGCUCCGGCGGUGGUGGAGGCGGCGGCGGCAGCGGCGGCGGCUUCGGUUACGGCGGCGGCAUGGGCGGCGGCAUGGGCGGCGGCGGUGGUGGCGGCGGCGGCUAUGGCUUCAGCGGAGGUUACGGCGGCGGCAGCAGCCUUGGCAUUGGCGGCGGUGGUGGAUACAGUGGUGGAAGCUCCAUGAGCGUAAGAAGCUCAGGUUACUCAUCACGCCACUUGUAAAAACCACCACUAGCCUUGUUUCUUCCCUCACACUGACACCCCCCCCCCCCCCCCCCCACUCCUCCUAGAGUCGUCCAAAACCAAAAAAAGCCCACCACCUCUCUACUAGCAGCAGCAGAGGCCAUAUUCACAUAACGGUAGCGCCAUGUUUGGCAGUUACUGCUUUUUUGGCACCAACAAAAUCUGCAGAGAGUUAGAGAAGCUAUUCAGAUACAAGUCGAGACAGAGAGAAUAUAAAACCAAAAACAAAGAGCUACAAAGAUAUGAGUCAGUCCUCUCUUCCUUUGAUCAGUCACCCUGGCUGGCUUUGUGUUGCUGGAUUUGCUGUCUCAUAGACAAGGCCUAACUUGUAGUGUCAUGACAGAGAAUCCUCACAGGGCAACCGCCGCUGCACAUAAACAACAGAAAUUUUUUCAGAUUUGCUCAGAAAGAGGUGUGGAUGCCGUGUCUGGUCUUGAAUUCACGCGUCCAACAUCCCAACCAAACCAUCCUCUUUCCUGCAGCGUCUCCUCAGUUGUGUCACAUUUGUCAACGUGUGCGUUUUGACAUCAAAAGCAGCCACACACAUACACACACACAGCUAACACUUUCACACUGAGGUUUGGGAUCCUCCUUUUCUUCUCCUGAUUUGAGAGAAAUUGAGCAUGUUUCGAAUUGCUUUGUUUUCAUUUCACUCUCCAUAAGUAACCACGGUCAAAGGCUGACUGGGAAACCAGAUUUAUUGUGAAUUUGUACCACCAAGCUGUCUGAAAUAAAUCUGUGUCCAUAUCCA